CAGUCGCGAACUGGCAUUCCAAGCAGUCGCCAUGUCUCCGACAGUCGCAGCACCAAAUCCCAUGCCAAGUCGUUUGGAUGCUGUGGCUCUUGAAGGUGACUUGUUCUACAGUGCACUGCAGCAUGCAGAGGUGUGGCUUCAAAAUGCCCAUCGCGCUGUGCUUGGCACCAUGGAGGCGGAAUUGAAGCACAUGCGCUACGAAAACAUGCGCCUCCGUGGCAUCUUGGAGGAGGCCGGGCUGAGUGAAAAGGCCAAUGUCACCGCAGCCUUCGGCGCGAUGGAGGCAAAGGAGGAAAAGCCAAAGUCAUCCACGGCAGAUGCCAUGACUUCCUGUGAAGAGCAGGAGAUCAAGGCGCAAACCCCCAAGGAAGCCUCGCCGGUACCAUACACAGAAAGGCCGCAGGCAAGUGCUACUGCAGUUACCACUGCUUCAAGCAACGCUCACUGGAUCCCUGUGAAGCAUGAAGGCCUCCGAUCUUCGCUGACAACGGUGUCAACGGCCGCAGCAACCACAGCUACAGCGACAAGUCCUGAUGGAUUCGACCUGAGAUCCAAAGAAGAUCUGUCCAGCGUCAGCCGGGAGCAGCUGCAGAGUAGCGCUGCGCGCGCUGCGCGCGUCACCGUUCCUCUGGGCAAAACCCUGGAGGCCCUGUUGGCGCAGUGGGGUUGGCAGCACUUGGAGGCAGAAAUUCUCUCAGAGUCUGGCGAUGUGGCUCUCGCGAGCAUUGGAGGCGCCAAGUUGAAAUUGAGGAUGGAGCAUUCCAACGAGCCGCGGCAAGCUGGUCGACUACUGGCCUGGGAUGAGGAUGGAAACAUUUGGCAGGCAUUGGAAGUUCUGAUUCGCAAGAAACGUUUGCAGAAGGUGGUUCGUGCAUGUCCCGUGGCGGCAACCCGCGAAUUCACCCGAGACGAAUCUGAGUCGGAGUCGGUCCAGGUGGCAAAUGUUGAAGUGGCUCAUUCCGGUCGAUCACAGCUCCGUAGCCCGUUGACCUUGGCUCAACUGGAGGCCUUGCCCAUUGAGUCACCCGUGAAACCCUUGCGACACCGCGCAGGGCGCUGAAAAAAAUGGCAGGCCAUGGCUGUGGCCAUGGAAAUAGCCUAGGGAUAAUUGUAAUGAAUCGAU